AUGCUUCCUCCAGAGAUUUGGUCCCGCGUGUUUUCCAACUUUGUUCCACCGACCACAUCGGAAGCCUCUCGGCACUCUCUCAAGCCCCUUUAUUUCCUCUGCCUCGUCAGCCGCCAAUUCCGUCAAAUUGCCCAGCCUCUAUUGUACCACACGAUUUCCUUCGACUACCGACACUUCAAACAAGAGCCCGAGCUAGUUAGAAGCCUCUUUGAAUCACCUGAACUAGCUCGUGCCGUGCGCAGGGUGGCUCUGCGCGACCAUGGCCUAGAGUCUUUUGCAAGCCAUCGGCAGCUGCUGGAAGAUGUGAUCCGCUCUUUACAUGCUCCAGAGGCAUUCAAGCAUGGGCUAGAAACCCGUCUCGAAGCUGAAGACACUGGCUUUGCAACAAUUGUUCUUGCAAUGACAACUGCAGUACACGAGAUCGAUGUAGCCCUCUGCUACGACGCCGACAACUCAGCCCCAGAUCUCUUGUCGUUUCUGGCAGGAUCCAACAAAAUCGCCGGCGAAGAAGAUCCUCAGUCUCAGACAGAAUACCGGAACUACGGUCUGCCGUCUCUGAAACGUAUGUCACUCGGUGUUGGUGAUGAAAUGUGUGCCAGCAUUUCCGGACUGGAAUCAGUGCUGCUACGGCCAGGCUUGGAGCAAUUGUGUCUUACGCAGGUCUAUUGGCACUUGAGUGAGGAUGAUUCAACCCAAUGGCCAGAAGUGACGUCCGAUCUACCAUCGCUGACUAUGCAUUCCGCGAUGGUCAAUGGCCACUCCAUCCAGGAUAUCUUCACCCGGUUUCCGAAUCUUCGAGUCUUCAGCUACACUGCAGCCGACCGGUUUGGAGGACGUGAGGAGGAUUACCAGCAUGAUGAUCCGGAGUGGGGUUUUCGCGCUGGCGAGGUCGGCCACUCUCUGAGGACGUUUGGAACCAAACUCGAGGCUCUGACUCUCAGAACAACACAGUACCGUGAGGGAGAAAUGUGGGACGGGCAACUUUGGGACGACAGCCUCAUCGGUUCUUUGAGAGAAAUGAAUGCUCUUCGUAAACUUGAGAUUGACUUAUCCGAACUGAGGGAAAGUGAUGAGGGUGAAAGUUUGGCCGAAUGGGCACGAAGUAUGGUCGACUUUUUUCCGCCGAACUUGGAGGAACUGAUCGUGCCGUACGUUGAAUUUGACCCAGUAUCGGAGAGAGUCUCUGAACUCAUCAGGGGACAAUAUUUCCCUGCACUGCGACUAAUUGCUAUUGUUCCUGUUGGUGGCGUAAAAGUAUACGUGCCGUCUAUUAAAGACGAGGACAUUCCAGGUUGGGCAUUUAUCCUCGGGGGGGUCGAUAUCUCAUCAACUGUGGACGUGGUAUUUAGCUUUCAGAGGAAGAAGUAG